CAAACAACAGGGGUGCGAGGGGUGAGAAGACCCCAGCUUGAGGGAAGUGAGUGGAAUGAGGGUGAAAUGUCCUCUCAUUUAACAAUCUGUUCGUUUGUGGUACUGCCUUAAUUCUCCUUUCAAAGAGUAAGAUUUACAGCCUGUGUCGGUGUAAUUUUAACUGACUGGAAAUGCCAUCCGCCCUGAUUUCCACCUCAAAAGACAAAGAACAGAGAAGUCGUCCCCAGAGAUGAAAAGAGUGCUGUGUGUCAUGGGCAGUGACAGCCUCAGGCGCCACUGACCCGUGGUCGUUGAAAUAUUCUAUUGAUCUUCAGGGAACACCCAGCAGGUGCGGGGCACCCACCCAGCCGCGAGGACCCAGACUCCUGGCGAGUCCGGGGCCCAGCGAGUUUGCAGGACGGCGGGCGUGGAGGCGACGGGCACCAGCCCGGAAGACUGCGACAAGACAGGCACGGCGUCUAAUUGAGGAGAAGGCCUCUCAUCCGGCCCAGGAGGACUUAAGGGCAGGUUUCCCCGAAGAGUGUACAUCUGAUUUAAAUCUUAAAGAAUGACAGGGCGUUCGUUGAAUAAGCAGAGCAGAGGAGGCCAUUAGAGGCAAAAGACUCAUCAUGGGUAAAAUCUCGAAAGCUGAGAGGGCUCAUUAUCUUGGGAAAACUGCCAGCACCGGUACUUCCACGGCUGUGGCCGAGGCUCUCAGCAGAGCGGCGGAGGAAUGUUAGGUCCCGGAGGACCUCGACCACACUGCCAGGCCAUUUUAUCCACUGAGCAUAUCAUCAGACCUGUUGGAAGGCAUGUUGGUGCUUGAGUGGACCAUGGCAGCACUCUACUGGGACAGAGGGAAGAGACUUAGAGAAUAGGAAAAUGUUUCAUAGAGGAAAGUAACAUGUGUUUUUAACGCUUACUACUUCAAGUGUGAUGAUGAUUAUAACAGCCCACAUUACUGAUACUGGAAUGAAGAUAGUGUGGCAGUUGGAAGACAGCACAAGGUGGAUCCGUACUCUGAAAUGGCAGUAAUUUGGAUGUGAAUUCAACUUCCUUCUUGCAAGAAAGGAUUCUAAUAACUCUGUCAAAGCCAAGCCAUAGACUCAAUCUCUUCUCUUCUAAAAGCUGAAAGCAGCUCCGUGAGGCCGAGGACUGUGCUGCUUUUCUUCACCUCCUCCUCCCCAGCGCCUCAAAUGGUGUUUGACUCAUCACAGAUUGGAUUGGUUUGCGUUUCCAGAAGACUGUUUAAGCAGCGGCCGACAGCUUCACAUCACAACAUGGAAGCCAUCGCCAAGUUUGAUUUCACGGCCUCAGGUGAGGACGAACUGAGUUUUCACACCGGAGAUAUUCUGAAGAUCUUAAGUAACCAGGAGGAGUGGUUCAAGGCAGAGCUCAGGAGCCACGAAGGAUACGUGCCUAAGAAUUUUAUCGACAUCCAGUUUCCUGAAUGGUUUCACGAAGGACUCUCGCGACACCAGGCAGAGAACUUACUCAUGGGCAAGGAGGUUGGUUUCUUCAUCAUUCGGGCCAGCCAGAGCUCCCCGGGGGACUUCUCCAUUUCUGUCAGGCAUGAGGAUGAUGUUCAGCACUUCAAGGUCAUGAGAGACAACAAGGGUAAUUAUUUCCUAUGGACAGAGAAGUUUCCAUCCCUAAAUAAGCUGGUGGACUACUACAGGACGACUUCCAUCUCCAAACAGAAGCAGAUCUUCCUGAGGGACAGAACGCGAGAGGAUCCGGGUCGCAGGAGCAACAGCCUGGACCAGAGGGCCCAGGGAGGCCCACACCUCAGUGGGACUGUGGGAGAAGAAAUGCGGCCUUUGAUGAACCGGAAGCUGUCGGAUCACCCGCCGCCCCCUCCCUCGCAGCACCCCUCAGGCCAACCCCCACAGCAGCGGUACAUGCAGCAUCACCAUUUUCAUCAGGACCGUCGUGGAGGCAGCCUUGACAUAAACGAUGGGCACUGUGGCAUAGGCCUGGGUGGCGAGAUGAAUGUGGCCCUCAUGCACCGCAGACACACGGACCCAGUGCAGCUCCAAGUGGCCGGGCGUGUGCGGUGGGCCCGGGCGCUGUACGACUUUGAGGCCCUCGAGGAGGAUGAACUGGGGUUCCGCUCUGGAGAGGUGGUUGAGGUCCUGGAUAGCUCCAACCCGUCCUGGUGGACCGGCCGCCUGCACAACAAACUGGGCCUCUUCCCCGCCAACUACGUGGCACCCAUGAUCCGAUGA